UGGCCACUCCUAGUGGGUAUUUAAGGCAAUGCAAGUGAAGUGCUGUGGCAAAAGUCAUAAUUUUUCACCCUGUGUCGGUCUCCAACCUGGGUCGUUGUUUACAGUUGCAUCUGCUGGUGCAGCUACCGCUAAUUGCUAUGACAGCACCACUCUCCAGACAGAGCGAGGACCUCUCCCCCUGCAGCCCCGAUGAGUACUGGUCUGGGGUCCACUGCUGCAAGAAAUGUAGUGCAGGUGAAUUUGUCAAGACGUCCUGCACAGUCUCCCACACCCUAGGACAGUGUGAGAAGUGUCACCCAGGAACGUUCACAAGGGCUAGUAAUGGCCUAGAGUCUUGUAUACCGUGCUCCAGCUGUGACGAACGCCAGGAAAUGGUGGCUGAGUGCUCUGCCACCAGUGACCGGAAAUGCCAGUGCCAAGUGGGUCAUUUCUAUUCUGACCCAGAAUCCUAUGAAGUCUGCCUCCUGUGUACCAAGUGUCCCCAGGGAAUCCCUGUCCUCCAGGCCUGCAACUCCACAGCGAACACAGUGUGCGGUCAGACUACAACAAGUAAGACAGAUCACAGGAAUUGGCUAUGGCUACUACUACUACUACUUGUUUUUCCAGUCAUUAUUGCUGUCUGCUGUUACCUGAAAAAAAAAAGGUCCUGUAGAUGUCCAAGUGACAAAUUAGCUGAAGGCACGUCCGGGGUGUCUGAGUCUACAGAAGAUUUGCAAAUCAACUGAAGACUGCAAACUGCUCCAAAUCAAAACCAGCUGGCCCUGGACUUGCUGUAAACUGGUGUAAAUCACAGGUGCUUCUGACAGGAUUUCCAACCAGCCUGAUGAAACCUUUCUUGAACCAGCAGUUCCAGACUACUCCAAAGCAGCCUGUUCUUCCUGGCACCUGGUGGUCCUGCAGGACCUGGGCAGGAGUGAAACAGAUGUUUGCCAGCCUGCACUCCUUUCCCUUCCUGGCCUUUGACAACCAUUGCAGCCUUCCUGAGUCCUGACAAUGAAGCCUUAAUUUCUACUAAGAAGCAGUUACAGAAGAGAUUACAUUGCCCCUUAUUAACAAAAUAAAAAGGAAAGGUUUUUUGGUUUUUUUUUUUAAAUAAUA